GAUUUAACUUCAUACGGUCUCUGUUGGGUUUGAGGACCAAAAGCAACAACAGAAAUGGUAGUAACAGUGAGAGUAAACUCACUAAAGCCAUUAACAUGGACUCCAUUUCUUUCUUCUCUAAAUAGCUUCAAUUGGCCUUGUUCUUUUAUAUCUAUUCCAAGAAAAUAUUCAAAAUCAACACCCUUAUUUAGUCAAAUGGCAACUAGUGAGGCAGAGCCACAAAUAAUGACCAAAGUUAUUGACUCACAUUUACAUGUUUGGGCAUCCCCACAAGAGGCUGCAGAGAAGUACCCCUAUUUUCCUGGUCAAGAACCUAGUUUGCCUGGUCAUGUCGAUUACUUGCUGGAGUGUAUGGAAGAAGCAGGUGUGGAUGGAGCACUUAUUGUUCAGCCCAUUAAUCAUAAGUUUGAUCAUUCUUAUGUUACCAGUGCGCUAAAGAAGUAUCCUUCCAAAUUCGUCGGCUGUUGCCUCGCGAAUCCAGCAGAAGAUGGGAGUGGCAUAAAACAGCUUGAAGAUCUGGUUUUAGAGGAUGGUUAUCGUGCUGUUCGCUUUAAUCCGUAUCUUUGGCCUUCUGGUGAAAAGAUGACAAAUGAAAUUGGGAAGGCACUAUUCUCAAAGGCUGGAGAGCUUGGAGUGCCAGUCGGUUUCAUGUGUAUGAAGGGUUUGCUUUUGCAUUUGCAAGAAAUUGAGGAAUUGUGCACAGAAAUUCCCUCAACUGUAGUUUUGCUUGAUCAUGUGGCUUUCUGUAAGCCCCCAAAAAAUGAUGAGGAAAGACAAGGUUUCUUGGAACUGUUAAAGCUUUCAAGAUUCCCGCAGGUAUAUGUAAAAUUUAGUGCUUUGUUCAGAGUGUCGAGAAAUCCAUAUCCGUAUGAGGACUUGUCUCAAGUUCUUGCCCAACUAGUCUCCAGUUAUGGUGCACCUCGCAUCAUGUGGGGAAGUGACUUCCCCUUCAUUGUCGCCGAAUGUGGAUAUAGAGAAGCAAGAGAAGCGGUUUCUUAUCUAGCAGUUCAGGGGCAUUUACCUUCUUCUGCCACAGAGUGGAUCAUGGGUAAAACAGUUAUGCAGCUCUUUGACGGAAAAUGGAGUUCUGUAGUAAAUUGACAAUGAAACUUGACAACUAGAAACAACAGAUUAGAUGACUUUCAAACAUGUCAUUGAAACCUUAAUUGUACUUGAGUAGACCAAAGGAGACAAGUAUUGUAAGCAUUUGAUUAAUAAAGGAAAAAAAUAUUUUGUGACGACAUCACUGGCAUUAGUUGUGUGAGACUUCUUUUUCUCUCACAAAUUUGUGGACCUGAAAAUGUAAAAUUUAAGUCCAAUUUUUUAUGCGACAAAACAAAGACUCACACAACUAGUGUCAGCUGUGUGGAGCACAUAGUAAGUUUUUCGUGUAAUAAACUAUGGAUCCACUUUCCUGUUUGACCAAAUCAGCAUCAGCCACAGUGGUUGUGGAUCAGCAGUGGCGGAUCCUUUUAGUAGCAGUAUUCAAUUACCACUUAGUCUCCUAUGCUUUGAUGUGUA